CAGUCGGCUACUCGUGGACGGCCUUCCCCAUGGAGCACAGAUGUCUGGUGGAGGGCUGUGAGGACGGCCGCAACGCCACCUACAGCGCCGACUUCCUGACGUUCAGCACGCCGCCGGACGAGGAGCACCAGUGGAGCCGCUGCGAUGUGUACAAACGCGAUAAUGUGACAGCCGGUUGUCACCCGGAGGGCUUCGGUCGGCAGAGCGUCGGCUGCAGUCAGUGGGUGUACGACACGUCCGUCAUGGAGAGCACCAUCGUCUCAGAGUUUGACCUCGUAUGCGACAGUGAGCCGCUGCGGCCGCUCGGCGCCAGCCUAUUUUUCGUUGGUGUGGCUGUCGGGUCCAUACUGACAGGAGUCAUCGCUGACAGGUGGGGCCGGGUGGUGACGCUGAUGGCCGGCGUCGUCCUCACCACCAUCGUGGGCACGGCCGCGGCCUUGGCGCCCAGCUACGGCGUCUACACCGGCCUGCGUUUCGCCGCAGCCGUCUUCUCCUACGGCUUCUUCAGCGUGCCGUUCGUGCUGUGUAUGGAGCUGACUUCCAUCGAUGCCCGCGCGCUGGUGGUGGCGAUGGUCUACUACGGCAUCGGCAUGGUGUCGACUGACCUGGGAGGUGACGUUUACACCAACUUCAUCCUCACGAUGCUAAUCGAAAUACCGUCGUACGUGUUCUGCGCCACUCACCAUUAA